GGAAGAGGAUGUUACAGUAAAAGAAGAGGAAGACGCGUUCAGAGUGAAAGAGGAGGAGGAUGUUACAGUAAAAGAAGAGGAGGAAGAGAAAGAGGAGGAUGCAGUUUUUGGAGUGAAAGAGGAGGCGGGUGAGAUGACUGUCACAUUGAAAGAGGAGGAGACAGGAGAUCUGAUUAAGACCCGAGAGAGACCAGACUCUGACAGCGGGAAGAGUCCUUCAGGGGAACCAGACCCAGAGACGCCCAAACCAGGGAGACAACACCACUGCUCGCACUGCGGAAAGAGUUUUACUAAGUUACGAAACCUAAAAGAGCAUGAGAGGACACACACAGGAGAAAAGCCUUUCCAAUGCUCCCAGUGUGGAAACAGUUUUAGUCAGUUAGGGAGCCUGAAAAUACACACGAGAAUACACUCUGGAGAGAAGCCUUACCACUGCUCCCAUUGUGGAUUGACUUUUACCUGGUUAGGGAGCCUGAAGUCACACGAGAGAAUACACACAGGAGAAAAGCCCUACCACUGUUCCCACUGUGGAAAGAGUUUUAGGUGGUUAGAAGGCCUGACAAAGCAUGAGAGGACACACACAGGAGAAAAGCCCUACCAAUGCUCCCACUGUGGAAAGAGUUUUACUCAGUUGGGGAACCUGAAAUCACAUCAGAGGAUACAUACACCGGAGGAGAAGACAUACCACUGUUCUAAUUGUGGAAAGACAUUUUCCCGGGCAGAGGACCUGAAAUCACAUGAGAGAAUAGAGAGGCUGUGUUCUGACUUAAGUUUUUGAUUGAGAAUUUGUGUUUUUGUUCAAAUGAAAUUGUAUUGUUUUAUAUCAAAUCAUUUAAAAAAGAGCUUUACUUUUGUUUUGAGUUUUUUCAUCUGGAGACCUGAUCAUGUCUAAAAUCAAAUCAAAAUAUUGUAAAAUAUGUA